UUUGGAAACAACCGCCUUCCCAGCAGCAGCUGUGAAUGAGACCAGCCGGUGACUCUGAAUAUGGCUGAAUUGCUGGUGGAAGCCCUUCAGCUUUAGCACCCCUUGGUCUCAUGUUUGUCUUCUCCUGUGGUUGGGCUCCUUGCUGGCAAGGCAGGGUCUGCUGGCUGAGCAAAGGGAACUCUGCAGGAGUUUGAGUUGGCUGCUUCUGCAUUUGUUUCUCUGUUCGGUGGCCCUUGAUCUUUUCAUCCUAUCUGAAUCUUAUUCUACUUCUUUAAUUUACAGCUGUGUUUACCAGUUUUUGAUCUGGGUUAUUAAACUAGCCAUUCCUCCCUGGGGCUAAGCAGCAAAUUGUGAUCACAAAGAACAAACGCUUCUGUACAGCAGCACCGAGAGCUGGAGCAGAGCUCCAUCACUGAGCACUGGGAGCCAGCAGCCACAGAGAGGUCAGAGCAGGAGGUGGCUGUGCUGGCUCUGUGCUUGCAUUUGUCACAUGCUGCCCAAGGGUCACGUGCCGAGGUGGCACAGCCGUGCACAGCCAGGCUGGUGGGACUGCGAUGGCGUCUGUCACCCAACAGCAGAUGCAGAAGUUCCAUGAGGAUGGUUUCCUCGUCCUGGAGCACUUCUUCAGCCCAGAGGAGUGUGACAGCAUGAGGAGCAGCAUCCAGAGGAUCCUAGAUGGGAUGGAGGUGCCACCACACUGCCGGACUGAGUUCUCCACCAAGGAAGAGGAGCAGCUCCAGGCACAGGGCAGCUCGGAUUAUUUCCUCACCAGUGGAGACAAGGUCAGGUUCUUCUUUGAGAAAGGUGUUCUGGAUGAGAGAGGCAACUUCCUAAUUGCAAAGGAGAAAUCUGUCAGUAAGAUUGGCCAUGCCUUGCACGCUCAUGAUCCUGUCUUCAAGCAGAUGACUCACUCCUCUAAGGUGCAGGAACUGGGGAGAAAACUAGGCCUUGAGAGACCAGUGGUUGUGCAGAGCAUGUACAUCUUCAAGCAACCUGGCAUCGGUGGGGAAGUGACACCACACCAGGAUGCCACGUUCCUGCACACGGAGCCCCUGGGAAAGGUCCUGGGCUUCUGGAUUGCACUGGAGGAUGCCACCCAGGAGAAUGGCUGCUUGUGGUUCAUUCCCGGCUCCCACACCAGUGGGAUCACCCGCAGGAUGGUGCGUGCAGCCCAAGGAGCCUCGACGUGUGUGGAAUUUGUAGGGUCAGAGCCGGCCUACGAUGACAGCAAGUUCGUACCUGUGCCCAUAAGUAAAGGUGGGCUCAUAGUCAUCCAUGGAGAAGUCGUCCAUAAGAGUGAAAUGAACAGCUCGGGGUUCUCUCGCCACGUGUACACCUUCCAUGUGAUGGAGGCCAAAGGCACCAACUGGAGCAAGGAGAACUGGCUCCAGCCAACUCCUGAACUGCCUUUUCCACCGCUCUACACUUGACAUUCACGAUUGGCUUCUGGAGUCAACUGGCUGGUUGGUGUUCCCAUGAUUGCUUGUCUGUGUUCUCUAUAAGUGCAGUUCACUAGAUCAAUGCUCAAGAUAUAAUUAUCCACUGUGAGCAAGCUCCCUUCAUGCAGCUGAAUCUGCCUGCCUUCAGUAGAAGCUUCUACUGCAGGAUGAGCCCUGCUCUGAGGAUAGUAGCCCAGUCCUUUUGGUGAGGAAAUCUCUUCUGUCUCCAGAACAGGCCAUUAAGGAGUGUUCCACCUUGACCAUGGCAAUGGUUGAGAAGUGUUUCUUGUUGUAGAGCUGUAGUAUUUUAAGUCGAUUAGUGCUUGGCUCUGUUCAUUGGCAGUGCAGGUGAAUGUGUUGUGUGACGGUGGCAGCCUUGGGUCUCUGUCCUAUUCUUUGAAUAGUAAUAAAGACAAUGCUACUGUGGGCAAAAUGAA